AUGCGGCGCGAGGGACGGCAGCGAGGGUGGGUGCGCGUCUACGACCGCGCCCUGGUCGACCCGGACGGCAACCGCCGCGCCGUGCACGUCGUCGACGGCCAGGUGGUGGCCAACGGCGGCUACAUCAGGGCGCCGCGGAAGCCGAACAACCAGUCCAAGUCCGGCGGCCUCCGCGCGCUCGGCUGCAGGGACGCCCUAUCGCAGGAGGAUGAGGAGCCGCAGGACCUUCCGCCCAAGGACAAGCGCUUCGGGUACUACUACUCGACGGGGUGGCAGUCGCCGUUCAAGUACGAGGCCACGUCAGGGCAACUGCUGUCGUGGAAGUACGACGCCGCCGAGCACGAGGAGGUGCACGCUCGUCCGACGCCGCCGGCAGCGCGUUUCGGGGGCAGAUCGGCGUGCAAGGGGGGACGCAAGUUCAAGCACGACGAGAUCAAGAUGUAUUACCUCGACGCGGCCGAGGACGUCGAGGGGGACUAUGACUUCGAUUCAUGAGCGCAAGGAAGGAUUUUUUUUUUAUUGUUUUACGCAAUUGACGAGCGUAGCAGGCAGCAAUUGUGUAUUGGAUCCGAUGGACGUCUAUCUUCUAGCUUUUGUAAUGACGGGCUCUAAUGAAGAAGUUAAUCUACUA